AUGGAUACUUUAAACAUAAGUUGUAGUCAAUUACAUACAAUCAAUUCUACAAAUUCAUCAUUUAAAAUGAUUUUAUUUAUCAAUAUAAAAUUUUUUGCAAUUAUUGUUCAAUUAAUUGGGAUACCAUUAAACUUAUUUGUAUUACAUGGAUUACUCAAUGUGAAGUUAGGAUCACGUUUAACAACACUACUAUUAUGUAAUCAAUGUGUAUUUGAUUGUCUUAUUUGUACAUUUGCUUUAUUAAAAAUAUUAAAAUCUGAACGUUGGUAUACAGGUUAUAUAAUUAUUGAUAGUGUACUAUGUUAUGUGUGGUUUAGUCACACAUUAUUUUGGCUGGUUGUAUUACUAAGUUUAAGUAAUAUGAUGUGUACAGCUUUAGAUCGUUUAGGAGCUGUUGUUUGUAGUCGUACAUAUCAAUUACGUCAAAAUAUUUACAUAAUAUUAUCAUAUACAAGUAUUUCAAUUUACUCAUUAAUAUUAAUCGCUAUCAAUCCAUUAUUAUUACAAUAUCGUGAUCAGAAAUGUUAUGAUACUAUAUUAUAUGAUAAAAACUGGAUAUAUAUAUUAAUGAAAGUGGAUUCUAUAUUGUGGCCAUGUCUUACUUAUUUAUUUCCAUGUGUUUUAACUGUCACUGUGUAUGGAAAAGUUAUAGGAGUGUUGAAAAGUACAACAUUUCGCCAUCAAUAUAAUUAUAAUAAUAAUAGUUUUAGUACUGCUAUCAGUAUUAAUAGUAGUACCAACAACAGUUGGACACGUAAAAUUUCAAGUCAUAAAUUAACUGUAUCCUAUGCUAAACAAAAAAGACAUCGUAAAAUUGCUCAGUCUUUAACAAUAGCUACAUGUAUUAUGCAAACAAUAUUUUUAAUAACGCAUUCAUAUGACAGAAUUUAUUACUUUCUUAGUAUACAUCGAUGGAUACUUUAUCAAAUUGAUUGUACAACUCAUUUAAUUGGUUUAUGGCUUGUAACACUGAAUAGUUGCAUUAAUCCAAGUACGCUUAUAUUUAUUGUACGCCCAUUACAAAUCUAUCUUAUUCAAACCAUUAAUCAGUGUUUUUGUAAAUAUUCAAAACGAUCCAAUAUGCAAACAUCAACAAAUUAUUUAAGUGAACAACAAUCUGAAACGUGUUUAAGCAGAACAGAAUUCGGAAAUAGGUCAAAUGGAAUUGAAUCAUAA